UUUCACUACGAAACGGUGUCAGUUGUGAGUACUACCUCAAACCGACGGCGAUCUAUCGAAACGAUGAAGUUCAAUUUUUGCUACGCAAUAGUACUGGUUCUUAUCGGGGUUUUUACCCUGACGCGUGCGGAACCUAUCGGUAGAAGAGUCAGGCGACAGAACAUGGAGCAGCUUAAACCGUGGAUGGAAUGGGGAUCCAAGUAUGGACAAAUUAUGGCAACGACGGUCAUCAUGCCAGCUGCUCAGGAAGCGGCCAGUAUUGCAUCCGCUGGAAGAGAAGGAGGAGGCGAAGGAGGUGGGGAAGGACAAAGCUAG